AUUCCGCAUCCCCACAAAGGCUGCUCUACAGGAGGCUUAUUCGACUCCAAUUCUGCCUUUAGAUAUCCUCGCAGACAGACUUCCGGUGAAAAAGUUUGAGUGGGCUAAGAGGUUGUUGGCAAAGUAUGGAUCCUUGAUUUCUGUGAUCUCCAUUAUGGCUUCGUUUGUCUAUCUGGUUGCAACCCCAUCAAAAUCUAAUGCUGCAAAAGGAAGCAAGAAGAAGCGCUAAUCAAUAAAGAGGCUAACACCCUUGGUAACAUCCAUUAGCAGGUCUGCCAUUAGCUUCAGUUUGAGGCAAAUAGUUUGUCAAAAUCUAUUGUUGUUAGUCAAAGAGUUUUUUUCCCCUCCCCCUUGUUUACUUUAGGACUUCGUUUGUGAAAGUUUCUAAUAAAGUGGGUGUUUGGGAAGUGGCUAUUAUUUAGACUUUUUGGCGUUUUGGCUAUUCUAAUUUUUGUGUUUGGGAAAAUAUGAUGGAUUUUUAUUUGAGUUGUUGUAUUGGAAAAUGUGUUUAAAAUGAUGUGAGGCUAAAAUGACAAAUUUGUCUCUAACUCACUUUUUCCAAAAUUGGUCGAAAGGGGUAAAAUUGUCAUUUCCUAUCUAUGGGACUAGGCUGUCUCCACUGCCGGCUGCUUUUUUUUAAUUAAUAUAAAUAAUUGAUUUAAU